CCCGCGAGCACAGAGCCUCGCCUUUGCCGAUCCGCCGCCCGUCCACACCCGCCGCCAGCUCACCAUGGAUGAUGAUAUCGCCGCGCUCGUCGUCGACAACGGCUCCGGCAUGUGCAAGGCCGGCUUCGCGGGCGACGAUGCCCCCCGGGCCGUCUUCCCCUCCAUCGUGGGGCGCCCCAGGCACCAGGGCGUGAUGGUGGGCAUGGGUCAGAAGGAUUCCUAUGUGGGCGACGAGGCCCAGAGCAAGAGAGGCAUCCUCACCCUGAAGUACCCCAUCGAGCACGGCAUCGUCACCAACUGGGACGACAUGGAGAAAAUCUGGCACCACACCUUCUACAAUGAGCUGCGUGUGGCUCCCGAGGAGCACCCCGUGCUGCUGACCGAGGCCCCCCUGAACCCCAAGGCCAACCGCGAGAAGAUGACCCAGAUCAUGUUUGAGACCUUCAACACCCCAGCCAUGUACGUUGCUAUCCAGGCUGUGCUAUCCCUGUACGCCUCUGGCCGUACCACUGGCAUCGUGAUGGACUCCGGUGACGGGGUCACCCACACUGUGCCCAUCUACGAGGGGUAUGCCCUCCCCCAUGCCAUCCUGCGUCUGGACCUGGCUGGCCGGGACCUGACUGACUACCUCAUGAAGAUCCUCACCGAGCGCGGCUACAGCUUCACCACCACGGCCGAGCGGGAAAUCGUGCGUGACAUUAAGGAGAAGCUGUGCUACGUCGCCCUGGACUUCGAGCAAGAGAUGGCCACGGCUGCUUCCAGCUCCUCCCUGGAGAAGAGCUACGAGCUGCCUGACGGCCAGGUCAUCACCAUUGGCAAUGAGCGGUUCCGCUGCCCUGAGGCACUCUUCCAGCCUUCCUUCCUGGGCAUGGAGUCCUGUGGCAUCCACGAAACUACCUUCAACUCCAUCAUGAAGUGUGACGUGGACAUCCGCAAAGACCUGUACGCCAACACAGUGCUGUCUGGCGGCACCACCAUGUACCCUGGCAUUGCCGACAGGAUGCAGAAGGAGAUCACUGCCCUGGCACCCAGCACAAUGAAGAUCAAGAUCAUUGCUCCUCCUGAGCGCAAGUACUCCGUGUGGAUCGGCGGCUCCAUCCUGGCCUCGCUGUCCACCUUCCAGCAGAUGUGGAUCAGCAAGCAG